CAGCUCCGGGUCACGGAUGUUUGGAUGCUAAAGAUGGCGGCACCCAGUGAGCUGUUUUGCUGGAAGGCUGGUUUGGGUUUACCGUCAGUAAAUACGGACUGUCUCAUCGUGCUGGCUUAUGCUCGCUUUGCUGGAGCUCCGCUCAAAAUUCACAAGAUUUCUAACCCCUGGAGAAGCCCCACAGGUUCACUUCCUGCUCUCAGGACCAAAGAUGAAGGCAGCUGCUCCCAACCCAGUCAGAUCAUCAUUCAGUUGAGGAAACAGAAAUACAAUGCAGACUAUGAUCUCUCGGCCAAGGAGGGCGCAGACACUCUGGCCUUCAUCUCGUUACUGGAGGAGCGACUGUUACCUGCACUGAUCUACGCUUUAUGGAUCGAUCCUAAGAACUACGUGGAGGUGACGCGCCGCUGGCAUGGAGAGAAUAUGUCCUUCCCACUCAACUUCUUUCUGCCCGGCUGCAUGCAAAACAGGCAGCUUGAGCGACUCCGCCUGAUCCGGGGAAACAGUUCACUGGAGGCGGGAGAAGAGGCUGAGAACGAGCUUUACCAUGAUGCUCUGGAGUGCCUAAAUCUUCUUUCUCAGCGACUGGGAUCGAACAAAUUUUUCUUUGGAGAUUCGCCCUCUUCUCUAGACGCGUAUGUGUUUGGUCGUCUAGCUCCGCUUAUUAAAAUCCGGCUGCCUAACUGCCGCCUGCAGCAGAACUUGAAGAAUCUGGACAACUUGAACACGUUUUGUUGCAACAUCUUGAGCUUGUACUUCCCCAGCGAGAGUAAAGAGGGUGUCAAUCGUCCGAUGUCCAGCACACAGCAGGGGAGCGAAUUUGACAACGAGCCAUACAAGAGACGCAAGCAGCUGCUGUCAGUGCUGGUCGCUGUGGCAGCGAUGUUGAGCUAUGCUCUCCUCACCGGCAUAGUAGCUAUUGAGCAUAUGCAGGAGGAGGAGCAUGUAAGCCCCGCCUCUCUCCGAGGCUCCUCCCAGGACGAGGAAGAGGAGGAGUGAAUGAGGACUGGGCACUGGGACUGUCACAUCUACUUGGUGGAGGAACACACAGGAACAACAUAUUGUUGGGGAUUUAUGUAUCAUUUAUUCCUUGACUUGAGCUUUAAUUGUGUGAUAAUCUUUGUUUUUAUAUCUUCGUUAGAAGACUUUAAUUUUUCCAUAGAGCUGCACUUGUUGCUUUAAUCUCUUGACUGGGUAUAUUCACCUGUGCUUUCUUUUUUACAGAAAAAAAGCAGAUCUCUUUAUAGCUACUAAUGUUUAGCUAAGUUGAGGAGAGAAAGCAUUGAAAACUCAGCUUUCAUUGUGUGGACCAACUGCUUUAUUACAGAGGGUUUUAAACCCUUUUGAUUGCUUAAUGAUACUGAGAUUGAGAGAUGUACACCUCUUAUGUGCUAUGGCCUUGUAUGUUUUAAAACUCAGUGCUUUUCUUGUGUUAAUGCACACAUUUUAUUUGCUACCUUCAUAAAUUAUCUUUUCUGCCGUGUAAGAUAAACUCAUGUUAAUGUGAUCUUAUUGAGUGAAAUAGGAAAAUACCAAUAUUUAGUCAAGUCACACUCUUAAAAUCAUAAAUCACCAAAAACAAAUAAUUUAUUCGCCAUAUGUUUAUUCUCCAUUCCAAACCUGUGCCACUUGGUUUCCAAUGUGAAAUAAGAAGGGAUAUAUUUUGCAAAAUGUCAACAUUGAUUUUCUCACAGUUAAAGGUCAGUUUUUCUGCUCCAAAAGGGAUAAUAUUAGUUUCAACAACUUGUCUGCUGUUUUCUAUAUUAUUCAAUAAAUUAUAUAGAAUUGUUCACUGUUGGCUCUUAUUCAAAUAUGCACAUACAAAAGUGCAUUUGCAUACUUGAUCACAUGAUGUGAGAACAAACAGUGUUUGGCAUCAAUAAUUUGUGUGUUGCAUAUUUGAAUAUUGUGCCAGAAUGAUCCAGAACAAUGUUAUGGCACAUUGUUUAGAAAACUGACUUAUACUGAAAUAUGUCUUUUUGUGACAAUUAUAAAAGGGUGAUGUAAUAAUGACAGAAUUUACAUAUUUGAAUAAACAAACACUUUGAAAGUGACAUUUUCAAAUCAAUUCACAGGAUAAAGAGAACAACUUUCUUACGUUAUUGAGGAUUAGAAAUUGCACUUGUAUAUUGUUAGGAGAUGGUAACAGAUUAUUAAAGCCAAAAGUUACUGUCCAAAGGAAUCUUGCUGACAGACUGCAUAACUGGCUAAGAUGUUUUAAUUCCUCUAACUUUCCAUUAGGAUUUCUGUAAGGCAGUUCAAAUACAUAAGUGAGUUUUUCUCUUGAGUUAAACUCUUUGAAAGAGAAACGGUGGAUUAAUCAAGAUGCUUGUUUUGGGUAUUGUUACUUAAUGUUUGUACUUUGCCUAAAUAUCUUUGUUUCACACCAUUAUGGAUUUCUAUUUUCAUAAUUUAAGGGAGAAAUAAACAGUCCUGAAUAAUCCCGA